GUGGACAUUGGAGAUGCUCAAUUUGCGAUAGACGACCCAUCGAAGCUGUCCUGUCAACGCAUCUCCCCAAUUGGCAGCCAUCACUCAUCAUGAACUCCCUACGCAUUGCCCGAGCAGCUUUGAGAGCUCGCCCUGCAGCUCUGCGAAUGCCUCUGCAGCGACGAACCUACGCUGAGGCCGCCACCGACAAGAUCAAGCUAAGCUUGGCCCUACCUCACCAGUCCAUCUACAAAUCCCAAGAUGUCGUUCAGGUCAACAUUCCCGCCGAAUCCGGAGAGAUGGGCGUCCUCGCCAACCACGUUCCUUCCAUCGAGCAACUGAAGCCGGGACUGGUUGAAAUUGUCGAGGAGGCUGGUAGCAGCAAGCAGUUCUUCCUGUCGGGCGGAUUCGCAAUUGUGCAGCCAAACUCGGUGAUGAGCAUUAAUGCGGUCGAAGGCUACCCUCUCGAGGAUUUCAGUGCCGAUGCCGUCAGGGCUCAGAUCACGGAAGCACAGAAGGUUGCGAAUGGCAGCGGAAGUGAGCAGGACAUUGCCGAGGCGAAGAUCGAACUAGAGGUUUUGGAGAGCUUGCAAGCCGUCCUCAAAUAGAGUGUAUAGACAGACUUGAGCAGGGAGUGCAUCGUGUACAUCACAAAAGUUUCCUAUAAUCACCAGGACGUACCUGCGAGAAUUGAGCAUUUUUGAGGCCCGAGCCUUCCUGAGUUUCUCUUUCCCCGUUGCCGUUCGUAGCUGCUCAAUUCAUGAUUGAAACUAACAGUGUCAUGGUCAAUGCGGCCGUAACCCUGACACCAGUUUCAGAACUUCUUCCAUCCAA